UUUGUUCUUAUGUUAAAAUUGCCCUAUGUAAAUUAAACUCCGUCAGCUGGAGCUUUUUACCUCCCUUGCUUUCUUUCGUUUAAAUACGUAGCACGUCGUUAGCCUUUAGCAUCCGCAGAUUGUCGCUAUUGGUCUAUCUGCUCCUACUGCCACUGCCUGCAAUCGGAGCAUAAACUGAGCCGUGAAAACACACAGCUGACAGUGGAUAAACGGAGGCAAAGAGGGCCAGUGUUACUGGUGACGAAAGGCAUGUUUGGUGCUAGAAAGAAAUUUGUAGAGUUCGUUGACGUUGUCGAUAACGACUUUACCGAUGAAAGCAUGUACUACAACCAGCCGACGAUGUUUCCACAUCGGUCGGAUAAAGAUAUGCUGUCCUCUCCCUCACCAUCGUCAUCGGGUCAGCUGUCGCAGCUCGGUGCGAGUUUAUAUGGUCCACAAAGUGCACUCGGCUUCUCAGUAAGAGGCAUGGGAAACAACACACCUCAGUUAAACCGAAGUCUAACGCAAGGUUCGCAGCUACCGAGUCAUAUCACCCCCACAACAGGAGUCCCCACCAUGUCUCUCCAUACCCCACCAUCACCAAGCAGGGGGACGUUACCGAUGAAUUCGAGGAACGUGCUGAAUCACUCUCAGGUCGGUCAAGGCAUUGGGAUAAGCGGCAGGACCAACAGCAUGGGCAGCUCGGGGCUGGGAAGCCCCAACCGUAGCUCACCCAGUAUCAUCUGUAUGCCCAAACAGCAGCCAGCACGCCAGCCCUUUACCAUAAACAGCAUGUCAGGAUUUGGGAUGAACCGCAAUCAAGCUUUCAUGAACAACUCAUUAUCAAGCAACAUCUUCAACGGCACAGAUGGGAGUGAAAAUGUAACAGGACUGGAUUUGUCAGACUUCCCUGCAUUAGCAGAUAGGAGUCGGAGAGAAGGGACCGGAAACCCUACACCAGUUCUCAACCCACUGACUGGACGAGCGCCUUAUGUUGGCAUGGUGACAAAGCCAUCAACUGAGCAGACACAGGAUUUCUCCAUCCACAAUGAGGACUUCCCUGCACUGCCUGGGCCAAACUAUAAGGAUCCCACGUUGAACAACGAUGACAGCAAAACUAACUUGAACUCCACAAACAAGAGCACAUCCAAUGCAGAUGGGCCCAAGUUCCCCGGAGACAAGACGGCCUCAGCACAGAACAACAACCAGAAGAAAGGGAUUCAGGUGUUGCCUGAUGGUCGGGUGACGAACAUUCCCGCAGGAAUGGUGACGGAUCAAUUUGGCAUGAUUGGCCUACUGACGUUUAUCCGGGCAGCAGAGACUGAUCCGGGGAUGGUCCAUCUGGCGUUAGGAAGUGACCUCACAACACUGGGACUCAACUUAAACUCACCAGAAAACUUGUACCCCAAGUUUGCCUCUCCUUGGGCUUCCGCACCUUGUCGACCUCAAGACAUCGACUUCCAUGUUCCAUCGGAGUAUUUAACAAAUAUCCACAUAAGGGACAAGUUGGCUGCCAUCAAACUGUCUCGAUAUGGUGAAGACCUGUUGUUCUACCUGUACUACAUGAAUGGAGGAGAUCUGCUACAGCUUCUGGCAGCAGUGGAGCUCUUUAACCGGGACUGGAGGUACCACAAAGAGGAACGGGUUUGGAUAACUAGGGCACCUGGCAUGGAGCCUACACUGAAGACUAACACCUAUGAGAGGGGUACCUACUACUUUUUUGAUUGUCUUAACUGGAGGAAAGUAGCCAAGGAAUUUCAUCUGGAGUACGACAAGCUGGAAGAGAGGCCUCACGUGCCAACAACAUUCAACUACAACCCAGCCCAGCAGGCCUUCUAAGGCCCAACCAGUCCAAAGGCCGCAGCUGUUCCUGUACACGACACCGUUGUCCAGGAGGGACGAGGAGGUCCACACAGCUUGGUUUUUUUAUUCCUCGAGGAUUUGGCUCUUUGACUGUAGGGGUCAUCACCACCAUUAAAACUGCCCUGCAUUUUCAAAUUUACAAGCUGCCCCAAAACACCAACGAAUGUUUUGUUUUUAUUCUUCAUGUUCCUCCUGUUUUUGUUUUUUUUUUUUUUGUUUUUUUUCCUCCUCUCUUGUUUUGAGCAGGGUCUGUGUUAUGUUUACGUCUCUGAAUCUGAAGCCUGUUUUUUCUCUGAAAGGAGGACUGACCUUGUGGCACAGGGCAGUGACAGAACAAAGGUUAUUCUUUGUAUUUAUACCAAGUGUUAACUGAAUUAAAGACGGGGAAAAGAAACGUUGACAUCCUAGGAAGCAAGUUAAAGGGUGAAAGAAAUGCAAUGUUUAUUGUUGCACUAUAUUUAGUAAUAAAAGAACACAAAAUUUG